AUGGACGGAAGAGCUGAUGCUGCUGAGGUUGCUAUGGCUAGGACUACUCAUAAGAAGUUAAUGGAUGAAGCUAAGUUCUUUGAGGAGUUCCAACAAGAAAUGAUAGACUAUAUUAAGGAAGUGGAGUUAGAGGUGGAGAGGGUGGGCUUGAAGGUGGAGAGGCUGGGCGUGGGCAACACUAGUUGCAAUUUUUCAUAG